AUGAAGCCCUUGUCAGUCGCAUCGGCGAUCUUCGGCCUCUUGGCAACCUCUGCAACUGUCAGCGCAUCUCUAUCCACCUCUUCCAAGAUCCAACUCCCCAGCGAUUUCCUGCCGCCCCAAGUCUUGAAGAACGCCAAUCUCGUCCACAUCAUCUCGCUCAAGAAGAACUACGUGAAAGAGCAGGUCAAUGUCCUCGUUGAGAAUGUCUCCAACGAGCCUCAAGAUGAAUACUACCUGCCUUUCACCGCGGACCAGAUGUCGAGGGUUGGCGGUUUCGAGGUGAACGACCGCAAGGAUGACAACGCCGGUCCCUUCGUGGUUGAGGAAGUUGAGUACGACCCAAGCAGUGACAUGCAAUACUACCGCAUUCAGCUGCCUGCUCCCCUCAAGCCUGGCAGCCAACAGACGCUCGGCAUCUCCUUCUACUACCUGAAAGCGUACACGCCUCUGCCCGCCUCCAUUUCUCAGAAUGACGUUCAGUUCCUCGUCUACGACUUCUCCCUCAUCGCCUCGUCCGCCUACCCCACGACGAAGCAAAAGACCGAAGUCAAGGCGCCGUCGUCAAACAUUCCAGAUUACACGGCGAUCACGGGCGAGAAAGCGUCGGAAAAGUUCCCUGUUGUGCAGGGCUCCAAGCUUAUUUAUGGCCCUUUUACCGAGAAAUCCCCCGGUGACGUCUUUCCCGCGCAAGUUCGAGUCGAAUUCAGCAAGCCGGUCACGCACGUCUCGAACCUCGAGCGCGAUAUCGAAGUGAGCCACUGGGGAGGCAACGUCGCGUUUGAGGAGAGAUACACGAUGUACCAUCGAGGUGCGAACCUGUCGAAACCCUUUAACCGUGUUGAUUGGGCCCAAGCCAGGCAUGCUGGGACCCCCACCUCGGCGUUGCAGGAUAUUCGCGUCCCGCUCCAGGUGGGAAGCAUCGAUCCCUACUUUACCGACGUCAUUGGCAACGUGUCGACUUCCAGAUUUAGGAGCAACAAGCGCGAGGCAUUGCUUGAGCUCCAGACGCGAUACCCCAUUUAUGGUGGUUGGAAAUAUCCCUUCACCAUCGGGUGGAACUCCAACGCAGCCAGCUUGGUGCGCAGGACGCCUUCCGGCGGCUACGUCCUAAAGGUCCCGUUUCUCGAGGGGCCCAGACAGGUCGAGGGUGUCGAGUAUGAGCGCAUCAACAUUCGUGUGCUGCUGCCAGAGGGGGCCACGAACGUCAAGGCAUUCACGGGCGUACCGGAAUCGGCCAUCACCGAGUACUCGGUUGGUGUCCAUAAAACCUUCUUGGACACGGUUGGUCGAACAUCGGUGACCAUCAAGGCGCGAAACCUGGUCGAUGAGUUUCGGGAUCGCGACAUCAUCAUCACAUACAAUACCACGCUCUUUGGAACGCUGCGCAAACCUGCCGUCGUCUUUACCAGCAUGUUGGCCGUGUGCUUUGCCGCCUGGGCAGUCGGCCAAGUGAAGCUAGGAUUCUCCUAG